AGACUUUCUGCAAAUAUAGAUAUAGAUAGCGUUAUUGCCUGUUUGGUUCGAUGCUAACAAGUCUCGUGAUUAAUUCACAGUUUCACACGUACUCUUGAAAUUAUUUAGUUUUCCAGCUGUCAACUUUCUCUUCUCCAUCUUCCAAAUUCCAAUACAUCUCUGCAGAUUUUGAUAACUUCAUCAAGAACUAACAGUGACAACAUGAUGAAUCUUUCCCAAGCUUGUUUUUCUGGAAUGGGAACGGACGAUCUGUCAUUCCUGGAUCAGUUUCAAAUCUUGCAGUCGAUUGAGCAAGAAUUUGCGGGUGUACUCGGAGAAGAUGUCCUUUGCUCUUCUUCGCCGGAAGAGGGGUCGCCGCCGACGACUUGCCAUCUCGGCGAAGAUGACAGACCGUUAAAACAACUCAAGAUCCACCAUCAUCCUAACAUUGACGACGUUAACCUGCCGGAGCUGCGUCAAGAACUGCUCACCAGUAACGCAAUCGCCGAGCAGGAAACGGAGCCGGCGGAUACGACGACGAUAAAGCCGAAAAAAUCCGGUAGGCGUGGCCGGCCACCUACCCAUAGGUAUGAUCAUAUAUUGGCGGAAAGGAAACGACGGGAGCUUCUUAGCCGUCAAUUUCUAGCGUUGUCUACCAUAGUCCCCGGCCUCCGAAAGAUGGAUAAAACAUCGGUUCUUGGAGAUACGAUCAAGUAUUUGAAACAAAUACAAGAACGUGUGAAGACACUGGAGGAAGAAUCGAGCAAGCGAACCAUGGAGUCGGUCGUGUUCGUCAAAAAAUCCCAGGUAUCAUUCGAUGACGACGAUGAAAUGUCGUCCGGCGAAAAAGGGAACUCCGAUGAGCAAUCGCUGCCGGAGAUUGAGACUAGGUUGUGUGACAAUCACAUUCUACUAAGAAUAUACUGCGACCGACAGAAAGGGAUAAUCGGAAAAAUAUUUUCCGAGGUGGAGAAGCUUAACCUAGCUGUGGUAAACUCGAGCGUGGCACGUUUUGGGAGCUUGGCUCUUGAUAUCACUAUUAUUGUCGAGAUGGAGAAAGAGUUUGACUUGCCGAUGAAACAUAUUGCAAAGAUCCUUCGUUCGGCAAUCCAACAUGCUGCACAAACAUCCUGAACAAGAAUAAGUUUUAUGUAUGAGUAUCUCAUUUGAGAUAUGUAAUAUUUCUAAUUAAAAUAUAAUACUUUUCUAUAGUUCCAUUUAAAAAGUAUUAUCUUUUAAUUAAAAAUAUUAGAUGCCUCAAGGAAAAUAAUCCCAGAAAACAUAAUCCUUGAACUAUGCAUGCAGCAAUUUUCACAAUUCAAGAGGCCGAGUUUUUAUUUUUAUUUCUGGACUUUUUUUUUUUUUUUCAGUUCAGGGACAUUUUGGUCAUCAUACUCAUUAUUUCUUACAAUUUUAAAUUCAAGCAAAUAAUGAAAUCAAUAUUCCCAAUAAUUUA